UUCAUGCCUCCUGAUAACCAGAAGAAAAGUUGCCACAUGGGUGUAUAAAUAGGAUGACGUAGCUUUGCCAAAGACUUAGAAGCUAAGCAGAAAAUGAGCUUAACAUCCUGGUUUUUGGUGAGCAGUGGAGGCACUCGCCACAGGCUGCCACGAGAAAUGAUUUUUGUUGGAAGAGAUGACUGCGAGCUCAUGUUGCAGUCUCGUAGUGUGGAUAAGCAACAUGCUGUAAUCAAUUAUGAUGCCUCUACGGAUGAACAUUUGGUGAAAGAUUUGGGCAGCCUAAAUGGGACUUUUGUGAACGAUGUAAGGAUUCCAGAACAGACUUACAUCACCUUGAAACUUGAAGAUAAGCUGAGAUUUGGAUAUGAUACAAAUCUUUUCACUGUAGUACGAGGAGAAAUGAGGGUCCCUGAAGAAGCUCUUAAGCAUGAGAAGUUUACCAUUCAACUUCAGUUGUCCCAAAAAUCUUCAGAAUCAGAAUUAUCAAAAUCUGCAAGUGCCAAAAGCAUAGAUUCAAAGGGAGCAGAUGCUGCUACAGAAAUUCAGCACAAAGCUACAGAAACACUGAAAUCUGAGGAAAAAGCCAUGGAUAUUUCUGCUAUGCCCCGUGGUACUCCAUUAUACGGGCAGCCAUCAUGGUGGGGGGAUGGUGAGGUGGAUGAACAAAGAGCUUUCAAGACAAAUGGCAAAUCUGAAGAAAAAAAUCAUGAAACUGGAACAUCAGGGUGCAGCAUAGAUGCCAAGCAAGUUGAGGAACAAUCUGCAGCUGCAAAUGAAGAAGUACUUUUUCCUUUCUGUAGGGAACCAAGUUAUUUUGAAAUCCCUACAAAAGAAUUUCAGCAACCAUCACAAAUAACAGAGAACACUAUUCAUGAAAUCCCAACAAAAGACACACCAAGUUCCCAUACAACAGGUGCAGGGCAUGCUUCAUUUACCAUUGAGUUUGAUGACAGUACCCCAGGGAAGGUAACUAUUAGAGACCAUGUGACAAAAUUUACUUCUGAUCAGCGCCACAAGUCAAAGAAGUCUUCUCCUGGAACUCAAGACUUGCCGGGAAUUCAAACAGGAAUGAUGGCGCCAGAAAACAAAGUAGCUGAUUGGCUAGCACAAAACAACCCUCCUCAAAUGAUAUGGGAAAGAACAGAAGAGGAUUCCAAAAGUAUUAAAAGUGAUGUUCCGGUAUACUUGAAAAGGUUGAAAGGAAAUAAACAUGAUGAUGGUACCCAAAGUGAUUCAGAAAAUGCUGGGGCUCACAGGCGCUGUAGCAAACGUGCAACUCUUGAGGAACACUUAAGGCGCCACCAUUCAGAACAGAAAAAGCUACAGAAGGUCCAGGCUACUGAAAAGCAUCAAGACCAAGCUGUUACUAGCUCUACGCAUCACAGAGGGGGGCAUGGUCUUCCACAUGGGAAAUUAUUAAAACAGAAAUCAGAGGAGCCAUCGGUGUCAAUACCCUUCCUACAAACUGCAUUAUUAAGAAGUUCAGGGAGUCUUGGGCACAGACCAAGCCAGGAGAUGGAUAAAAUGUUAAAAAAUCAAGCAACUUCUGCUACUUCUGAAAAGGAUAAUGAUGAUGACCAAAGUGACAAGGGUACUUAUACCAUUGAGUUAGAGAAUCCCAACAGUGAGGAAGUGGAAGCAAGAAAAAUGAUUGACAAGGUGUUUGGAGUAGAUGACAAUCAGGAUUAUAAUAGGCCUAUUAUCAAUGAAAAACAUAAAGAUCUAAUAAAAGAUUGGGCUCUUAAUUCUGCUGCAGUAGUAAUGGAAGAAAGAAAACCACUGACUACAUCUGGAUUUUACAACUCAGAGGAAGGCACAUCUUCAUCUGGAAACAAACGUUGGGUUUCACAGUGGGCUAGUUUGGCUGCUAAUCAUACAAGGCAUGAUCAAGAAGAAAGGAUAAUGGAAUUGUCUACACCUGUUCCUUUAGAGAAUGAUACAGAUAUCAGUGAAUCUGGCAUUUCAAUGAGAGGUACUGGCUCUGCAACUUCUUUGGCUAGUCAGGGAGAAAGAAGGAGACGAACCCUUCCCCAACUUCCAAAUGAAGAAAAGUCUCUUGAGAGCUCCAGAGUAAAGGUUAUAACACCGAGAUCAGAGAUAGGAGAAAAACAAGACACAGAACUUCAGGAGAAAGAAACUCCUACACAGGUAUACCAAAAAGAUAAGCAAGAUGCUGACAGAGCCCUGAAUAAAAUGAAUAGGGCAGUAAAUGGUGAGACUCUUAAAACUGGUGGAGAUAAUAAAACCUUACUUCACUUAGGCAGCUCUUCUCCUGGAAAGGAGAAAAAUGAAACUGACAAGGAAGUUUCUUUGGUAAAGCAAACAUUAGCAAAAAUUCAGCACCAACAAGAACAAAAGGAGGAGGCACAGUGGACAGCUACUAAAUUGUCUUCCAAAAGUGUUUCAGGUCAGAUAGAUAAAUGUAGGGAGGAAUCUUUUAAGCAAGAGUCACAACCUCAAGAAAAAAUUUCAGGACAUCCUUCUAGCAAAGGAGACAGGGUUAUACAAAAUGAGAGCAAGAGAAGAAAAGCUGAGGAAAUUCUGAAAAGUCAAACUUUGAAGGGAGGAGACAAGAAGGAAUCCUCCAAGUCCUUAGUACGACAAGGGAGCUUCACUAUAGAAAAACCUAGCCCAAACAUACCCAUAGAACUUAUUCCCCAUAUAAAUAAACAGACAUCAUCUACUCCCCCUUCUUUAACAUUAACGUCUGCAAGUAGAAUAAGAGAAAGAAAUGAGUCUUUGGAUACUGAUUCUAGUAUGGACACAACCCUUAUUCUAAAAGACACUGAGGCAGUAAUGGCUUUUCUAGAAGCUAAACUGCGUGAAGAUAAUAAAACUGAUGAAGGCCCAGAUACUCCCAGUUACAAUAGAGACAAUUCUAUUUCACCAGAAUCUGAUGUGGAUACAGCUAGUACAAUCAGUCUGGUUACUGGAGAGACUGAAAGAAAGUCGACCCAAAAGCGUAAGAGUUUCACUAGCCUCUAUAAAGAUAGGUGUUCCACAGGUUCUCCUUCCAAAGAUGCUACAAAAUCAUCAUCUUCAGGUACUAGGGAAAAAAUUGAAAAGAAAACAAAAAGUCGUUCCACAGAUGUAGGUUCAAGAGCAGAUGGUCGUAAAUUUGUACAGUCCAGUGGGAGAAUGAGACAGCCUUCAGUAGACUUAACAGAUGAUGACCAAACCUCUAGUGUACCUCAUUCUGCUAUCUCUGAUAUUAUGUCAUCUGAUCAGGAAACUUACUCUUGUAAAUCUCAUGGAAGGACUCCACUUACCUCCACUGAUGAGCAUGUACAUUCCAAACUGGAAGGAAGUAAAGUAACAAAAUCCAAGACUUCUGCUGUAGCAUCUGGUUCAUCCAGUAAAUCAACCACUCUUCCAAGGCCACGACCUACCAGGACUUCCCUUUUGCGCAGGGCACGACUUGGUGAAGCUUCAGACAGUGAACUUGCUGAUGCUGACAAAGCAUCUGUUGCUUCUGAAGUAUCCACAACAAGUUCUACAUCAAAACCUCCCACAGGAAGGCGUAACAUCUCUAGGAUUGAUUUAUUGGCUCAGCCUCGUAGAACAAGACUGGGCUCACUGUCAGCUCGUAGUGACUCUGAAGCAACGAUAUCUAGAAGCAGUGCCUCUUCACGUACCGCAGAAGCCAUCAUUAGAAGUGGAGCCCGAUUAGUACCAUCAGAUAAAUUUUCUCCUAGAAUUAGAGCUAACAGUAUCUCUCGACUAUCAGACUCCAAGGUCAAAAGUAUGACCUCAACUCAUGGCUCUCCUUCAGGCAUGUCAAGAAGAACUGAAGAUGGGGAUGUGGCUUCACACCAAGCUAAAGGCUGUGUUAAAAUUAUGUGCUUCCUAAUAAAAAAGAAAGAAGAGACCCAGAUCAGCCAAGAUCUUGCUCUCAUUGCUCGGGAGAUCAACGAUGUAGCAGGAGAGAUAGAUUCAGUGACUUCAUCAGGCACUGCCCCUAGUACCACAGUAAGCACUGCUGCCACCACCCCUGGCUCUGCCAUAGACACUAGAGAAGAGUUGGUUGAUCGUGUUUUUGAUGAAAGCCUCAACUUUCGAAAGAUCCCUCCAUUAGUUCAUUCUAAAACACCAGAAGGAAACAACGGUCGAUCUGGUGAUACAAGACCUCAACCAACAGAGCCUCCUGAUCACUUAACAAUUACGAGGCGAAGAACCUGGAGUAGGGAUGAAGUCAUGGGCGAUAAUCUGCUGCUGUCAUCCGUCUUUCAGUUCUCUAAGAAGAUAAGACAAUCUAUAGAUAAAACAGCUGGAAAGAUCAGAAUAUUAUUUAAAGACAAAGAUCGGAAUUGGGAUGACAUAGAAAGCAAGUUAAGAGCUGAAAGUGAAGUCCCUAUUGUGAAAACCUCAAGCAUGGAGAUUUCUUCUAUCUUACAGGAACUGAAAAGAGUUGAAAAGCAGCUACAAGCGAUCAAUGCUAUGAUUGACCCAGAUGGAACUUUGGAGGCUCUGAACAACAUGGGAUUUCCCAGUGCUAUCUUGCCUUCUCCGCCAAAACAGAAGUCCAGUCCUGUGAAUAACCACAGCAGCCCGGGUCAGACACCGACACUUUGCCAACCAGAAGCUAGGGUUCUUCAUCCUGCUGCUAUCUCAGUCUCAGCUGAAUUUGAGAAUGCUGAAUCUGAGGCCGAUUUCAGUAUACAUUUUAAUAGAUUCAACCCUGAUGGGGAAGAGGAAGAUGUUACAGUACAUGAAUGACUUUCUCUUGAUUGUUAAAAAAUAAUUACCUGUGGAAUGACUAGGAAUAUUGGAAGCAGCACAGUGUUGACUUAUACAAAACAAGACAACUUGGUCAACUACAGUUUUGUUAUCCCUGUUGUCUUAAUUUUAUUUAUUUAUUUUUUUACCUAUAAUGUAGUGUCGUAUCAGUCCUUUCGCACCGUUUAGAUAACCACUUGAUACAUACAUAGGAAAAAAUAGAUUGUGGCAGUUUUGCCUUUCAUGGUUUUAUGAUUUUCAAGCUGAAUUUUAUCAUUGCAUCCUUUCCCUUCAUAGAUCUUUGUUUUUUUUUUUUAAGCCAUGCUGUGACCUACAAGCAAACUAAAUACCCAACAUUUCUGAACCCCCAUGUCUCCUGUGCCAAGCUGUUCCCUGAAAUGGACUUCCUCUUCAUCUGUACAGAUUUGUUAAACCAUUCUAUUGGCUUCUUAAUAAUAGGAUUUAUAUUAGUACUCAUUACCGCUGGACACAAUGACAUAGUGCUCUCCACAGUAAGGCAGAACUUCACAGUAGUCAUUCUGUGUCCUAAAAUUUUCCAACAUAGAUGUGAUUUAUAUAACUUCGUUGCUACGUAAAUUGUCUUGGGAUUUAUGGAAAUUAACUAUUAUGUUUGCACUAAGAUUUGCUGGGAGUGGUAGGUGGACAUAUCUAUAUACCAAUAAGGACUAACUGUCUUUUUUGUACAUAGGAGACUGAUAAUACUGUAUUUGUUUUACUCCACUUUCAAAAAGAUCAAUUUGGCACUUUUUUCCCAAGUUUUUUUAAUGGAAAUAAGAUUUUGUCGCUCAUUUUAGGUUAAAUGAUAACUAGAAAGAUCAAGCUAGACAGAUAGUUUAGGUGGAGUAUAUUUUUAAAACUAAGAACAUGUAUAUUGAUCCUGUGUUACCAAGUUUAUACGUGAGAGUUGAAAAAAAAUUUUCCCUUGAAAGGAUCAUGAGGUUAAAAUUUUCUUCGUUAGGAAACUUGGAGAACCAGUAGUCGUAAGAUUAGUUGAUAGUUUCACUCCCAAGCAAUGAAUUGCGAAUUGCUUCUGUGUGUUUCCCUGUAGGACCCAAUAGUAAAUCCUGUUUCAGUCUUAGACGUUUAUAAGGACCCUGCAACACGACAACGAAGGCCUUGGGCCUGUGCUACUAAACAGGAAGCCUAUGAAAAAUACCUUCUUUAAACUUGUUUUUUCUCUUUCCAGUAAGUUCACAUUUGGAUGAGUUUAAAAAGAAAGUAAUUAUCUUCGUGUUUCCAGAACACUAUAAUUUGGGUGUAUCUUAAUUCAAUUAAAUAAUAUUAAUAGACCUGGGUUUUUCACUUGCCCCCUUCAGUCUAUAAUGGUUAAACUGCAACUUUUCCAAUUUUUACGAAAUGGUCUUUAAUAUUUCAGCAAUAUCUUCUGCUACAUUUAUUUUAAGAAACAAAGUAACUCUACACUUCAAAACUUUUCAGGAUUUUUAAAAUCCUGUACUGUUGAACCAGUUAAUAAAGAUGCAAAAAAAAUUUUGUAGAGAUAUAAAAACAAAGUCUGUUGUAUAAUGGAUCUCAUAUUUUUCUUUAAAUUAAAAAAAAGGUAAACAAACUAUUCUCCUUGUAAAGCUAAAUUCCCCAUUCUAUCUAAUAAAGGAAGAAAAAAAGGUUUAAAAGAACAUAAAUGGAAAGACAUAAAUGCUCUGAAGGAAUAAAUGAAACAUUAAAACAGGGUCAAUCCAUUUGAAGAAAAAGUUGAAGAAAAUAAUCACCAUUGUUCCCUCUUUUAUUUAAUAUUUGGGUACUGAUUAUACCCACAUGGACGUAGAAGGUAAGGAGUUUAGGAAAAUAUUAGAAUCUACUCUACUUACAUUAUUGUUUAAGUGUUUACACAAUUUUUGUUCAAUUAUAAACAUUUGGCCUUUACUAUGUUAUUUUUAUUUUGUAUGAAUACAUUAUUCUCCUUAUUUAUUUUUGUUACAUUUAUUACUUAUGUUAUUUUGUUAUGCAUUUACAAUUCCAUUUUUAAAUAAAGUGUUUCUGGAACUUUA